CUAGGUUUAGCAUUUUCCCCGUUGUACUAUCAGUAGUUGGUGGUGGAUGGGUGUGAUAGGUGUGCCCGGAGGAGAGACCAGUUUUGAUGCAAUGCCUCCCCUCCUCACGUGGUUUCGCUGCUUUUACAUUCCUCCAUCUGCCCGAAUUCUCAUGGCUCCAUCUUUUACUCGCUUUUUGUUUCCUUUUGGGCUAUACUUUUGCCUUUUCUCACCUCCAGCCACCAGCUUUUGGAUACUACACUCUGUGGGGGCUGACAGAGUUUUGAUUAGGCAUGUGGGUGGAACACACUCUGGACUGUGGGGAUUGAUGUAUUUGUUAGGCACAUGGCUUCUUCAUUUCUAUCCACAUUGAAGUUUCUUGUUCGUUUUUUAGUCACAGAUCAACAUGGCCUGUUGUGAAGAUACGCUUGUCUUUGUUUAAUGUUCAAGAAUGGGGUUGUGCAGAAAUGCCAAUCAUGUGGUGGAUUGAGAGACUAUUCUGUGGGUGAGGUAGGAGAGGAAGAGGAGCAAUCUGCCGGUGGAAGUAGAACUGAGCUAGUGAUUGUAUGUGAAAAAUCAAGUUUCAGUUGAGUAAUGGAUCCAGAGGUUGGAAGAAUUCCGGUCUCUUUGAAGAAAGAUUCUUGGAAGACCAUCUUGCUUUUAGCAUUCCAGAGCUUAGGUGUUGUUUAUGGAGACUUGAGUAUAUCUCCUCUAUAUGUCUUCAAAAGUACAUUUGCAGAAGAUAUUCAACAUUCAGAAACGAACGAAGAGAUUUUUGGUGCGCUUUCGUUUGUGUUCUGGACUCUGACGCUUGUCCCCCUCUUCAAGUAUGUCUUCAUAGUUCUGAGAGCUGAUGACAAUGGCGAGGGGGGUACUUUUGCUUUGUACUCUUUGAUAUGUCGGCAUGCCAAUGUAAGCCUUCUGCCCAACAGACAGGUUGCAGAUGAAGAGCUCUCUACUUACAAAUAUGAAUGCCCUCCGGAAAUUACCAACAGGUCAAGGAUCAAGGUUUGGCUCGAGAAGCACAAGAACCUGCAUGUUGCUCUGUUGAUAGUGGUAAUGCUUGGUACCUGUAUGGUAAUUGGAGAUGGAAUCCUCACCCCAGCAAUAUCAGUGUUUUCUGCAGUUUCAGGGCUUGAGUUGUCCAUGUCUAAGGAGCACCAUGAAUAUGCCGUGGUUCCGAUAACAUGCUUCAUUUUAGUAUGCUUAUUUGCUCUGCAACACUAUGGUACUCAUCGAGUUGGAAUUCUAUUCGCACCAGUUGUUCUGACCUGGCUAUUGUGCAUCAGUGGACUUGGGAUAUACAAUAUUGUUCACUGGAACCCACAUGUCUAUCAGGCACUUUCUCCAUAUUACAUGUUUAAGUUCUUGAAAAAGACUAAGAAGGGUGGCUGGAUGUCCUUGGGUGGAAUUUUACUAUGCAUAACAGGAUCAGAGGCAAUGUUUGCAGAUCUUGGCCACUUCUCAUACACUGCAAUUCAGAUGGCCUUCACUUUCGUAGUUUAUCCCUCUCUCAUUUUGGCAUACAUGGGUCAGGCUGCUUACUUAUCAAAGCAUCAUGGAAUCUAUACGAGUUACCAGAUUGGCUUUUAUGCCUCAGUUCCAGAAUGCUUAAGGUGGCCUGUACUUGGGAUAGCAAUACUAGCUUCGGUUGUGGGGAGCCAAGCAAUUAUCAGUGGAACAUUUUCUAUCAUUAAUCAGAGUCAAUCGCUAGGGUGCUUUCCAAGAGUCAAAGUGGUUCACACCUCUGACAAAAUUCAUGGGCAGAUCUACAUACCAGAGAUUAAUUGGAUGCUCAUGAUCCUCUGCAUUGCUGUUGCUGUUGGAUUUAGAGACAUAAAGCACAUGGGAAAUGCUUCUGGACUAGCAGUGAUCACUGUUAUGCUGGUGACCACAUGCCUCACUUCCCUAGUUAUGAUCCUUUGCUGGCACAAGUCUCCAUUCUUGGCCCUUGCAUUUCUCCUCUUUUUUGGCUCCAUUGAGGUCCUCUACUUCUCUGCGUCGCUGAUCAAAUUCCUUGAGGGUGCCUGGCUUCCCAUCCUACUUGCUCUCUUUCUCAUGAUUGUCAUGUUUGUCUGGCAUUACGCCACAAUUAAGAAAUAUGAGUUUGACCUACAUAACAAGGUCUCUUUGGACUGGCUCCUGGCCCUUGGUGACAAACUUGGCAUCGUCCGUGUUCCUGGCAUUGGCCUUGUUUUCACCGAUAUCAUCUCCGGUGUGCCUGCUAACUUCUCCCGAUUUGUCACCAACCUCCCAGCAUUCCAUCGCAUCCUGGUCUUUGUUUGCGUCAAAUCUGUUCCUGUUCCAUUCGUGCCUCCUUCUGAGAGAUACCUUGUCGGACGUGUUGGACCGCCCUAUCAUCGUUCUUACAGAUGCAUUGUUCGGUAUGGGUACCGUGAUGUCCAUCAGGAUGUCGACUCUUUUGAAUCUGAGCUGAUUGCAAGUUUAGCUGACUUCAUACAACUUGAAGCAUCUUUCAGCGGACAAAGGUCUAGUGAGCUGAUGGAUGGUUACGAAGAUGGACUUACUGUCAUCGGAAGAAGUCUGCUUACGUGCGGUCGCAAUUAUAAUACCGUGAGCAGCACUCCAGGGGGGACGAUGACCGGCGAGCUGGCUUCUGAAGAAAACGCAAUUGAGUUGGCACCUGCCAGUGCAGGAAAGAAGGUUAGGUUCUUUCUGGAGGAGAACAGUCACCCGGCACUUUCUGAGCCUGCGAGGGAAGAGCUCAAUGAUCUACUGGCGGCACAGGAGUCUGGAUGCGCGUUUGUGUUGGGACAUUCUCAUGUGCAAGCGAGUCAAGGGUCAUCGAUCAUGAAGAAGUUGGCGAUCGACGUCGCGUACAACUUCUUAAGGAGAAACUGCCGAGGACCAGACGUGGCACUGCGUGUGCCUCCUGCAUCCCUCCUCGAGGUCGGCAUGGUCUAUGUCUUGUGAAUGUAAGCAUGCUCUUACAAGCCAUGUCGUGCUCCUUUGCAGAAACUGUGUCAUGCAGCUGUUUGAAGGAAUGUGCGUGCUGUGACCUGUCAUGCAGCUUUGAAGGAAUGUUUGCAGAAACUUGUCUUAGGAGACAAGUUAGCAUGUACUGUUGUUUGUGAUAGGUACUGCUUUCCAGCUUAUGGACAAAGUAUGUGUAUAUAUACAACUAAUUGCAGUGCAUGUAAAUUCUUGAUUCAAACUCACCAAUAGUUAGGGUUGGUUUUCAGUUCC